AUGUUCGGGUUUCCGGUUCGGCAAGUGGGCGAAGGACAAGUUCUUGGCGGAGUUCCUGUUCAUGGUCCACAUCCCGAUGACAUGAUGUCCUCCCAGCAGCGAGGGCUGGACGCCAACCAGCGCAUGAACGGAUAUUCUAUUGAUGGGAUUCUGGGUCACGGGCGGCUGGGGUCUAACUCGCUGAAAGACUUAGAGAACAUGUAUGGAACCCCAGUCAGCCCCGACGUGCACGGUGGCACAAUCAGCCCUGCAGGAUACCUCCACGCCAACCAUCACAACCAACUCAACCACCUCCACCACAACCACCCGACUGCCGCCAUCAGCCCAGUGAACAGUAGCCUCAGCAGCAGCAACAUCAACAAACUAAGGCACGCAGGAGACGGCCUCAUCAAUAACCACUACAACAAAACCUCUGCACCCAACACUAGCCCCAAUACACCAUCGGGGAAUAUAGGUAUCGCGACCAACAACAUCACCAAAACCCCAGGCAUCAAAAUGGAUCGACCCCACAUGAACUCCUCUCCCAAAAGCAAUAGCGAUCCAUCCUACCACAACAUCCAGCCAGUUCUCAACGCUCACAUGAAAAAGGACUCAGAUGGCAAUAAACUCGAUGCAAAAAAUCAGAACAAUCCGAGUAACAUCAACAACCCCAAAGACGCCGAUAAAAGCGCUGAUGGUGAUGCUGAUGAAGAAGAUGAUGGUGGAGACGAUAGUGAACCCAAAAGAAAGAAGAGGAGGAACAGGACCACGUUUACCAGCUUCCAGUUGGAGGAGAUGGAGAGGGUCUUUCAGAAGACUCAUUACCCGGACGUGUACGCGAGAGAGCAGCUUGCUCUGAGAUGUAGCCUGACAGAAGCGAGGGUCCAGGUGUGGUUCCAGAAUCGACGAGCCAAAUGGCGAAAGCGGGAGAGGUUUGGGCAGCUGCACACCAUGAGAGCUAUGGCGUCCGCCGCAAACCAAGGCUACGACAUGCAUCUCCCGGCCCGGCACGACGCUUAUCCUCAGAUGCAGAACCCGGAUUCCUCCAUGAUGUGGAUGGAGAUGUACAACCACUACGGAAACAACAUGUGGAGCCCCAUGUCAGCCAUCAAAGGUUACCAUUUAUCCAUGGAUGCUGCACAGUCCCUGGGAAGCAAGUGGCCCCCGGCUGUGCCCCCAAUGUACCCCUCAUGGAACGACCCCCAGCUGCUGUAUCCGUCCUCCCAGCAUCAACAUCCUCCACCUGAGGCCCUCCACGGGGCCUGUGUGCCUCCACAGCGACACGACAUCAACUCCGUCUACUCGCCGCCCAGCAACUUUCAACAGUGUACAGCCGGUUCUGGGCCAUGA